GGUUAUAUUUGAGAGGUUUUAUAUUGAAGUUGAAUGGAACGCAAUAAAUUGAUCUUGAUAAGUAGUUUUGUUAUCAUGCUACAUCAUCAUUUGAUGCAAUUGUGGAAAUUAAAACGGAGAAAACGAAGUCACGCAAGCAGAAGAUGGUGGGUCCGUCCCAUAAAUCGACCUAAAAAUCAACACGGUUACCAGGCAAAUCUUGUGCGUGAAAUCGAGGCGCAAGACCACGAGGAAUUUUUUCACAAUUUCCGAAUGUGGCCGGAGCACUUUAAUUGGCUGCUUGGCCGAGUGAGAGACAAAUUACAAAAGCGAAGCAGGAGGACUCCACUAGACCCCAAACUACGUCUGCAGGUGACCCUCUUAUAUCUGGCUCAAGGAGAUUCCAUUUUGAGUAAACAUACAGAAUUUCGCAUAGGAAAAUCAACAGCACACGCUAUUAUACCUGAGACCUGCCAAGCAAUUUGGGAAGCACUACAACCGAUUUUUCUCUCAUCCAUGGAUCAAAAUUCGUGGAAAAACGUCGCCGAUGGAUUCUUUGAUAAGUGGCAAUUUCCAAAUUGUCUUGGUGCCCUUGACGGAAAGCAUAUA